AUCGACUUUGCACAUAUAGUUCUCUCUCUCUUUCUCUGUUUGUCUGUCUGUCUAUCUGUCUCAUACAACAACACUUUCUAUUUUGAAAUGUAGAUAUUAGAUAGACCAAAGGGGUUUCAGUGUUGCACAGGGCUUGCUUUCCUUAAUAUUCAAAUCCCGUGGUAAUUUCCUUGGCAGUUUCUUUUUUUAUUCAAUUAUUUAUUUCUAGAUCGCAACCCAUAAACUUGUUCCUAUGACAACUGUAAUUCCACCAGUCAAGCUAGUUUAUUACACUAGCUGGUUUGGAAACAGAAAAUUUGACAUAGACAAAGAUAUCGGAAGAGACUGUCCAAUACCGGAUGGAUAUGUAUUCAACUUGACCGGUCAAACCACAUGGUGCACACUGACAAGUUCAACUGAUCAUUGGCAAAAAGCGAGUGGACUCAUCUUUCAUGCGGCUGAUAUUCACUAUGAUGCAUUUCCUCCACGCAUUGAUAAUCAACCGAGGAUCCUAGAGACGCUAGAAUCGCCUAUAACUGCUCCCUUUAGAACAAACCCAGAACAGAUGAAGAACUAUGACUACCUAGCAACAUACAACUUCAGAUCCACCUUCUUCUUUACCUAUUUCUCACCUAGCAUCAUGGACGUAGUCAAUAGACCAUUACCUCACGACUUUAUGGAGACAAAAACAAAGAAAGCACCCAUUCUUUGGAUUGCUCGAAAUUGUCGAGCUACCAGUGGCCGAGAGAAUUAUAUUAGUGAACUCAUGAAUCAUAUUCAAGUGGACAGUUAUGGGGAGUGUCUGAACAAUAAAGAGUUCCCAAAAGACAAGUCGAGAGAGGAACUGAUGGCUGAAUAUAAAUUUUAUUUAGCGAUUGAAAACGCCAACUGUGAGGAUUAUGUCACAGAGAAACUAUACGAUACCUUCAUGAUGUCUGCAGUGCCUAUUGUUGACGGUCCUUCAAGUUACGAGGGCUAUCUUCCUACAAAUAGAUCAGUUAUUUAUAUGGACGCAUACCCUGAUCCAAAAGAUCUAGCUGACUAUAUAAACUAUUUAGAUAAGAAUGAUACAGCAUACCUUGAGUAUUUAUCAUUUAGACGAGAUGCAUUGAAAAUAGCUGCAAAUGAUCGACUAGAACCUGCAUUUAUUAGCAACUGGAGUGACACAAUUGCGCACAAGAAAAGGUCUGAUUACUGCUCUAUAUGUCGAGGAGUACUGCCGUGGUGGAAGAAUAGACAUACAGCCGGUUCUGAUGUAUAUAAAGAUGAAUCCGAACGAUUUUUAGUGGACGAUAGUUGUCAGCCUGGGGGGAAAUGGAACUACAUCUCUCUCGGACGUCCAUAUAAUCCCAGUUGGGAGCCACGUCCUCUUGAUGAGUUCACUAGGCCUCAUGCUAUGCUAGACGAACCUGUACGAGAAGAUGAAAAGAUGAUCGAGCUCAUCGGGAAUGAUACACAUACGAUGGCAAUUACUGCAAACAUUGCUUUCAUCUGUAUAUUGUUGAGCUUUAUUAUUGUGUUGUCAAGAGUGUCGCGUACGACUAGUAAACAAAGCAUAACACCCGUUCAUGUGUAAAUUCCCAACCACAAAUUCAUUGCUUAAUAAAGAAACAUUCUUUUUUCCUUUAUAUGGAAUCGAAUACCAAUAAAUAGAGUAAUUGAACGAGGACGUCCGCUUUAAUUAAAAACAUCUCUUGUUUCAAAAGAGACGCCACUUUAGCAGCAGACACAGGAGCAGCAAAACGAAUUCUUCAUUCACCCUACUCUCAUCACCUUAGCAGUAGGGAUGAGAGCCAAAAGAGAAAACCGUUCGAUCUUGGAAGACCAAUAACCAGUCUGCCUCUUUGCAGCAGAACAGGAGGAAUAAGAUAGAGGCUUGUAAGGACACAAAGAGCCAAGGUGUCCAGUUGAAUUGAUGAUUCUUAGUCACAAAACCAGGUUUCGACAAAGUUUUUUU